AACAACAACAACAACAAAAUCUUGGAAACUUUGUCCUUCACUGAAUUACGACACUGUCCACCUUUAAUUUCCUCGAAACCUCCAAUAACUCGGCUGAAGCCAUGCCUUGUGUUCAGGCGCAGUAUGGGUCCUCGCCUCAAGGAGCCAGCCCCGCUUCUCAGAGCUACAGUUACCACUCUUCGGGAGAAUACAGCUCCGAUUUCUUAACUCCAGAGUUUGUCAAGUUUAGCAUGGACCUCACCAACACUGAAAUCACUGCCACCACUUCUCUCCCCAGCUUCAGUACCUUUAUGGACAACUACAGCACAGGCUACGACGUCAAGCCACCUUGCUUGUACCAAAUGCCCCUGUCCGGACAGCAGUCCUCCAUUAAGGUAGAAGACAUUCAGAUGCACAGCUAUCAGCAACACAGCCACCUGCCCCCUCAGUCUGAGGAGAUGAUGCCACACUCCGGAUCGGUUUACUACAAGCCCUCUUCGCCCCCGACACCCAGCACCCCGGGCUUCCAGGUGCAGCAUAGCCCGAUGUGGGACGACCCGGGUUCUCUGCACAACUUCCACCAGAACUACGUGGCCACUACGCACAUGAUCGAGCAGAGGAAGACGCCAGUCUCCCGCCUUUCACUCUUCUCCUUUAAGCAGUCGCCUCCGGGCACUCCCGUGUCCAGCUGCCAGAUGCGCUUCGACGGGCCUCUGCACGUCCCCAUGAACCCGGAGCCCGCGGGCAGCCACCACGUAGUGGAUGGGCAGACCUUCGCCGUGCCCAACCCCAUUCGCAAGCCGGCAUCCAUGGGCUUCCCAGGCCUGCAGAUCGGCCACGCGUCACAGUUGCUUGACACGCAGGUGCCCUCGCCGCCGUCCCGGGGCUCUCCCUCCAAUGAGGGUCUGUGCGCUGUUUGCGGCGACAACGCUGCCUGUCAGCACUACGGUGUUCGUACUUGUGAGGGCUGCAAAGGUUUCUUUAAGCGCACGGUGCAAAAAAACGCGAAAUAUGUGUGUUUAGCAAAUAAAAACUGCCCAGUGGACAAGCGCCGCCGAAAUCGUUGUCAGUACUGUCGGUUUCAGAAGUGCCUGGCUGUUGGCAUGGUUAAAGAAGUGGUUCGCACGGACAGUUUAAAAGGCCGGAGAGGUCGUUUACCUUCGAAGCCGAAGAGCCCACAGGAUCCCUCUCCCCCCUCACCUCCGGUGAGUCUGAUCAGUGCCCUCGUCAGAGCUCAUGUCGACUCCAACCCGGCUAUGACCAGCCUGGACUAUUCCAGGUUCCAGGCAAACCCUGACUAUCAGAUGAGCGGAGAUGACACCCAACAUAUACAGCAGUUCUAUGAUCUCCUGACUGGCUCUAUGGAGAUCAUCAGAGGUUGGGCAGAGAAGAUCCCUGGCUUUGCUGACCUGCCCAAAGCUGAUCAGGACCUGCUUUUUGAAUCAGCUUUCUUAGAAUUAUUUGUUCUGCGCUUAGCAUACAGGUCCAACCCAGUGGAGGGUAAACUCAUCUUUUGCAAUGGGGUGGUCUUGCACAGGUUGCAAUGCGUGCGUGGCUUUGGGGAAUGGAUUGAUUCCAUUGUUGAAUUCUCCUCCAACUUGCAGAAUAUGAACAUCGACAUUUCUGCCUUCUCCUGCAUUGCUGCCCUGGCUAUGGUUACAGAGAGACAUGGCCUCAAGGAACCCAAGAGAGUGGAAGAGCUACAAAACAAAAUUGUAAAUUGUCUUAAAGACCAUGUGACUUUCAAUAAUGGGGGCUUGAACCGACCCAAUUACCUGUCUAAACUGUUGGGGAAGCUCCCAGAACUCCGCACCCUUUGCACACAGGGGCUCCAGCGCAUUUUCUACCUGAAAUUGGAAGACUUGGUACCACCACCAGCUAUAAUUGACAAACUUUUCCUGGACACCUUACCUUUCUAAGACCUCCCAUGCACAUCAAAGAACUGGAAAGAAAAAAGCAUCCAGUGGGGGCUGGUCACGUGGGCAGAGAGCUUGCUGAACUGUCCAGUUCAUACCAUCUCCCAUCUGUAGAACCCUAACCCUCAUUCUAAAGUAAACAAACAAA